AUGUACCUUGGCCUAUGGAAAGAGAAUUCCAAACACUUGUCAUGGGGACAUCUUGUUUCACAAGUGAAGGAUUUAUCCUCUUUUAUUAUGCCUAGUGAUUAUAUGUCACUAAGAUAUGCUUUUCACAAGCCCUUCAAGAUCCAUUUUCCUACUAGAGAUGAAUGGUUCAAUUCUCCUCGGUGGCUUAAAGGCAAAUGCCUGAUAUGGUACACUGAUGGGUCAAAGAUUGGUGCCAAAUCAGGAGCAGGAAUUUACUGCUCCAAUGAUGGUACCAAACUUCACUUUCCCCUGGGAAAUUAUGCCACCGUUUUUCAGGCUGAGGUCUAUGCCAUUAUCUUGUGCUGCAAGUUAUGCAUAGACAAAGGAUAUCAAAAUACGACUAUCCGCAUCUGUUCUGACAGUCAGGCUGCUCUCCUAUCACUGUCAAGGUGUAAAUUCACCUCUUUGUUAGUGUGGGAAUGCUUCUCGGUCCUCUGUGACCUGUCCACUCAUAACAAGGUAUCCCUGCAUUGGGUACCAGGACAUAUGGGUAUCGGUGGAAAUGAGCUAGCUGACGAAGCAGCACGGGCUGGCUCUAAUGCAAUUUUCUGGGGCCCUGAACCUGCGCUGGGAAUUUCUCCCUCCUCAUUUAGGGCAACCAUAUUCAAGCUCUACGGCAAGAUCGCCCAUGAGCAGUGGCGCGCUGCUGACGGUCAAAGACAAGCUAAGGAGCUGAAUCGAGACUGUCCUAGUGUACGUCAAAAGGAGCUCUUAAAGCUUAACAGAAACAGUAUAAGGAAGAUCAUUGGUCUUCUUACUGGUCACUGUAUCCUCAGAAGACACCUAAACAUUAUGGGAAUUGAAUCAAAUUCUCUUUGUCGGGGAUGUCAUCUAGAAGAAGAGACAUCACGACACAUACUCUGUGAUUGUGAGGUCUAUUCUGCUCAAAGAUUUGAGCAUUUAGGGCGACAUUUUGUCAACGCCUGGGAGCUGCAAGACGUUCCUGUAAGGUGUCUGCUGAAUUUCAUCUCAGCUAUAAGACUCUCAUGCUAA